AUGUCCGAUGAUCGAUAUGGUCCCAUUGCACUGAGGGAAGAUGCAGUAUCGAAUACCCAAGUCCCAGCAAACGACGAUGACGAUGAAGAAGAAGCCCACGAAUUUGCAACCUAUGUUGAGAGUGACGACGAUGACGAAGACCCUUAUUUUAUGCCUGAGCAUAACCGAAAGUCAAGCACAUUGUCAUUUAGCCGGUUGACAUGCUCACCAGUACAACUCUUCCGGUUCUUUGUUCCAACCUUUUGCAUAUUGAUCAUCUUUGUAUAUACCAUCGUCAUUGCCGUUCUUACUCAUCAACGAAAAGCACCCAACCCACCCACUCUGUAG